AACCCUUACUGCCUUGUUUACUAGCCCUUCCUUCCUAGCGCCUAGCAGGAGAAAAACAAAAAGGACCUUCUGCCUAGGCGGGAACAGCUCCCUCCAUCUCUCUUUCUCUCUCUGGAUCAGAUUCUGUUUUGCUCUCUAAAAUCUCUAAUUUUUUUCUCUAAGCCCUAAUUCGGAAACCGCAAUUCGAACCAGAGCUGAUCGCAUGGAGCGAUCGGCUGAGCAAGAGGGGCAGCCGGUCGUUGAAGAUGGUGUUCUCCGAUCGCCGGAACAGAGGCCUGUUCGACGGAGAUUGGUUCAGUCAACGCUCUUUCCUCACCGUUCCCCAGAAAGCGGAAAGGAAGGAGGAGGAGACGGUGAAGAAACCGAGAGUGAAGAAGAGGAGCACUGUCUGAGUCGAGGCAAGAAGAAGGAGGAGCAGAGAGCGUGCGAGGUUGAAGAAUUAUCCCCGCGAAGAGCGGAUCUCAUGGAGAAAUUGGGUGAGCAAGUGGAGCGCAUGGUGGAUGAAGACGGUGCACCCAGGCCGCCUGAACGGAGACCCCUUCGCCGGAGAUUGAUUCAGUCGACACUCUUUUCCCACCGGCCUCAGGAUAAUGAGAGAGAAGACGAAGGAGAAGGAGCAGGAGAGAGAGGAGAUGUUGAAGAAGUCGACAGUGAAGACGAGGAGUAUUGUGGCAGCCAAGGCAAGAAGGAGAAAAAAAGCGCACGCAAGGGCAAGUCGCGGCCAAGAAAUUCUAAUAAGGUUGCUGUGAAUUGCAAAGAGGUUUGGAGCAGGAGGGCAGAUGAUAAUGACUGUACUGCCACUGCUGGGUCUGAUUUCCUUCAAAAAGUUUCAGGGAGAGGAUUCCAGAAAAGACAGAAGAAAGAGCAGAAAUGCAUGGAUUCACCAGGAGGAAAUGAUAAAACAUGUUCACCAGUAGAUUCUAUGGCCAAUGUGAGAAGCCCCCAGCGUUUAAAGAAGCGACAAGUGAAGACUACACCAACUAAAAAUCUAACGACCAGUGGGCUGAAGGGGGCAUCCUUGAGGCACUUAUCAACUAACCCAUUACUGAAUGAGCAUGGAUCACAUUCAAUUCCAGAUUUGCGGUUGGAGGCCAAAAUGACAGCUGAGGAAAAUUCACGAAUGUUUGCAGGAAGGCAAAUACAUCCAUUCUUCUCAUCAUGGAAAACAGGCAAGAGAUGUCAGGAGACAGCUGAACUGGACACUAACUGGUGCUCAGCUGAGAUAUCAGAUAAAAGCAUUACUUUUGGCCCUAUUCAUGUAUUUGAAAGGGUUCAGGAUGAUGCUGUGUCCCUUGAUUGGGGAAAUUGGGUAUUUUGUGAUAGCAGCUUCAUCAAUACCAACUUCAGCCUGGAAGGCGAAGGCGCAUUCUUAUCAGCCUUUGAAGACUCUGUGGAAUCGCUAAAUUUUGAAAACGUUCAAAGUAUUUUACCUUGCAGUAGAAAAUCUGUUGUUCAGAAUGAUGUAUUUUUGGUGGAUAGUUCUAUAAAGGAAAAAAAAUUGCACGGUAUAUUGCCAACCUACCUGCCUUUGUUGGCUGGUGAUCAAAUAGAAUGCUGUCAGCAGCUAAAGGGUCCAGAAAUGCAGGAACAUGUGAUGGACAAUGCUGGUUUCUCCUCUGGGCUUGCUGUUUGUUUACGAGGUUCUAAUGUCGAGCUGCAGAGUACAUCUACUCAGGAAAGGAUGGUGUCAAAUUGUCUUGGUCGUAGUAGUCAACCUGAGGACAGCCUAUGGACAAACAAGUAUCUUCCAGAAAAGGCCACAGAGGUUUGUGGUAAUGGUGAAUCUGUAAAGUUUUUAAAUGAGUGGCUGCGUCUUUGGCAUGAAAGAGAUUCCCAUACCAUAAAAAAUUCUGCCACUGGUGAAACAGGCAUCAUGCCAGAUGUUGACUUUGAUUAUCAAGGAAGUGAAUCUGAUUCAGAAGAUGUAAAUGAAGAUGCAAGACUAAAGAAUGUUCUCUUAAUCACUGGACCAGUUGGGAGUGGGAAGUCUGCAGCUGUCUAUGCUUGUGCAAAAGAACAAGGCUUUCAAGUUCUUGAGCUCAAUACAUCAGACUGGCGAAAUGGAGCCCUUGUCAAGCUAAGAAUUGGAGAGGCUUUAGAAUCACAUUCACUAAAAUGGUCACUUGAAAAUACAGUGGGUCCACGGAGAAAGCAUAUUAUGAAGUCAUUUCCAUCUCUAUCUGAUACUACAGCAGUCCAAGAGCUCAACAGUGAAGUAACUGAAUUGAUACAUUUAUCUGAUGAUGACUCUCAACUUGAUCUCAAAACAUACGGGCAAUUUUUCUCCAUGUCAAAUGGAAUUGCUUGUCAUCAAGAUGAUAAAACAUUGAUUCUUUUUGAGGAUGUGGAUAUUACAUCUAUUGAAGAUCGUGGUUUUGUUGCUGCAAUACAGCAACUUGCUGAAACAGCAAAGCAGCCUAUGAUAUUGACCAGCAACAGUAGUACUCCUCCCCUGCCAGACAAUUUGAACAGGCUAAAAGUUUCUUUCACUAUUCCUUCUCCAAAGGAACUGCUUUGCCAUUUAUGUAUGGUUUGUGCAGCAGAAAGAGCCAAUAUUCAACCUCACAUGAUAGAGCAGUUUAUUAAGUGUUGCCAAGGAGAUAUUCGGAAAACCAUUAUGCAUCUUCAGUUCUGGUGCCAACACAGAGAAGAAACGAAAUUGCCGAGAACUUACAGCCCACUGUUAUUUGAUCUUGAUGCUGGGCAUCAGCUUAUACCAAAGCUAAUUCCUUGGAAUUUCCCUUCUCAGUUAUCUGAGAAAGUGGAGAAGGAGAUUUCCAAGUCCUUGUCCAUGGAGGAAGAAAACUGUAGCGUAAUGAAGGUAGCUGAGGAAGAAGAACUUGUUGAUGAGGAAAUGCAGAAUGAUUUGGAGAUGCAUAACAAUGAAACAGAUAGUAUUGAGGCCAAGAAGGAAGCAAUGCUAAGCAGGAACUGCUCUAUUCCAGAUUGCAAUGGACAUACAGCUCAGUUUGAUAUUUCAUAUGAAUUUUCCAAUUCGUCAGGCUCCCCUGUUGCAUUCACUCGACGAAGUGUUAGGAGAAAACUUGAAAUAGUGAUGUCUUCCAGUUCUGAAGAUGAGUUUUUAAAUGAUGGAUUUCCUGCAGCUGUGGAUCAUCUAUCUGUGGACACUAACAGUGAAGUAUUACUCAACAUCGAUAACAAACUUCCCUCCCAUUGUCUGGCAAGUCAGAGUUGCCCAUAUGGGUCAGCUUUCCAGCUAUUUUAUUCUGAAGGGGAGAAAUUGGAGGAAAACCAUUAUCAAUGUUCGGAAGCAGUAGAGGCCCAGAACAUCAACUCCACAUGCAAAUUAGUUGAUGUAUCAUGUGUGCCUGAAUCAUCCUUUGUUCCUGAGACUCAAAUUAAUGAUGGAAAGGAGCCCCUGUCUGGAACAGCGUGUUGUGGUCAUGGUGCUGAUAUUGGAGAAGCAGAUUCUAUGAUCAAUGAGUUUAUCCAUAGCCACUCUUUGGUUGAGGCUAAAAGUUUUGAUAAAUCUGUCCCUGGAUUGCAUGAAAAUUUAGAAAUAAUGGGCAUUGCUUGUGACAUAAAUGUAGAGUCAGCUCAUGGAGAGGAAGUGGGAGAUUCUCAAAAUGGGCAUGUGGAUGCUGUUACCAGAGGAUUCCAAAUGAUGGAUGAGUGUAGCCGCAUGGAUUUUAAUAGGAGAUCCAAGUGUAUUAAGAACAGUAAGCCCAGGGUGGCAACUGAUUCAGUACAGGAAACAUGGAGAAAACUCCGUGGCUGUCAUACAGAUUUACGACAGUACAUCACUGCAGUAGAGAAAGAUAAUUCUCGAAUUGUGAAUCUUGCUUACAAAAUGAGCAGUCUAAUUUCAGAAGCUGAUCUGUUGCUUUCAGAUUGCCAACUGCUGUUGCGUGACUAUCUGGAUCCGCUGAUGGUUCCUCUGGAGUCUCAUGCAUUAUACUGGUAUGAUGAACAGUUGCACAUGACAUCUGCAAUUGCACAGCAUGGAUUUUGCUGCUUUGCAAAGAAUAUUGCUUCUUCACAAUCAAGCUUGGAUACAGACCACAGGGUGGAUUUGGUUGGGGAGAUGCUAGCUUCCACAUCUAAUACAACAGCAUUGGGAAAGCUGGUCAAUCAGACUACGAGAACAAGCAGUGUUUCAUAUGCUGAGAAUAGCUUUGAUGAAGGCCAGCCUGCAAGUGGCAUUUCCUUGAAAUGUGAAAUAGGGCCGCGCCUUCAAAAUAUAGUUCAGUCCAUGUUGCCUUCAAAAUCACACUUCACCUUAAAAGGUGAUGCAGUCCAUGAGUAUGUUUCUUCGUUGUGUCAGAUUUCGAGGGCAGAAGCUUCCCGUUUAUCAGAAAGCAUUAACAAGAAGAAACUGCGAAGGCCCCGGGUUGCUCGACACUACUUGAGUGAUGGUAUAAUGAUGUUGUCUCCUGAAGAUAUUUUGCUGCUGGGGCAACAUAGCUACUCUGCGAAGAAUUCACCCCAACCAUGAGCAGACACCAGUUUCAGAUAAAAUAAUAAAACCUUCUGCAUUUGAUUGACCUCAUUUAUACACACGAUGAUUGGUCAGAAGGCUCAACACAAGUACAGAAACAGGAAGAACAUGAUUUUAUACAAUGCAGAGGGUGUUGUCUGGUGACUAGUGAGUUUCAGGUCACACCCUUCAAUAUGAGGAAGUCGCAUGCUAGCAUAGCUAGGUAUUGCCGGAAGGAUGGUAUUGCAAUGGCAAUGAAUGGAUGCUAUUGCCGCAAGGAUGAGGAGAUUACUGGUAGUUCGUUUAAGCUAACCCUUACCAACUUAGCAUAGGCUUUGUUUUGUUCCCCUCAUUUGUAAAUCUUUUUGUUGGGAUUCCUGUCUCUAUUAUUAAGAAAAAUUCAAUUUUGCCAAAAAAAAAAAAAAAAAAACUUAAAUGAAAUAAUGUUUUAUUCCAUCUGAGCUGUUGUGCUGUAGCACCCAAAUGUAAUUUAGAAAAAUGAUUAUGCUGUUUCCAAAUAUAAUUUAUGAGAUCAGAUUGAUCGCCAUUCAUGGAUAA